CGUUGACGAUAUAGAGGGCGUUUUUAAUUUUACGUGCCGCGCGCUAUUUAUUAUCUUUGGUAGUGAGGUGCGGUGGAAUCAAACUGUACUGUAGUGUAAUUAAAGUUUGGUUCACAGUUGUUAGUUUUUUAGACUUUAGUCUAUAGAUAUGGCAACAUUUUUUAAAGAAAAGGAACUGUUAAGAACAUCUGGUGAGGUUGAGCCAGACACCGUUCUGGACGGCAAGAUUGUAGGUGUUUACUUCUCAGCUGGUUGGUGCCCUCCGUGUCGACAGUUCACACCUAUUCUAGCUGACGCCUAUGAGGAGAUCAGAAACAAGAAAUACCCAUUUGAGAUUGUUUUUAUCUCAAGCGACAAGAAAGUGGAACACAUGGACCAGUAUAUAGCAGAGGACCAUGGUGAUUGGCUGCACUUGUCAUUUGCAAAUCCGUUCAAUAAUGAACUGAGAGAAUUGUUUAACGUAAGUGCUAUUCCGAAGCUCAUUAUUCUAAAACCUUCCGGAGAAGUAAUCACAAACCUCGGACGCAAGGAGAUCCAGGAUCGAGGAAGUUUGUGCGUUCGCAGUUGGCUUGAAUCGGCAGGCAUUGCUUUCAGGUUCCAACCUUAGCUUAAAAUGUAGAGCCUGAUUGGUACAUACUAUAGGGCUGCCAGCAGGGUCCAGAGAAUAAUAAGCCACAAACUCAUCAGCUAAAGCCCAAAUCAGACAGCGUUGU